AACACCAGUAGUAGUAGCCGGUAGACUGAUAUUGUGAUCGUGAUUUGUGAGUACUUACUAUUUAGUAUAUAGUAUGAUUUCAAAUUUUCUCGCAUACUCGUGCUCAGUCUUUAACAUUUAAAAUUUCUUACACGUUUUUAAACAUUCCUACUUACCUGUGUGGAUGUGAAUAGUAUGUACCUCAAACCUCAAUAAUUAUAUUGCACUUUCAAUUCUAUAUUUUAUAAGAAGAACGAAUAGUUUGACAAUAUGGAAGGACUUUCCGAGGACAAACUUUUUGUUGCCGAAAAAUCUAAGAGUAACAGGGCAAAAUGUAAAAAGUGUAAAGAAAUUUUAAAUCAAGGAACGUUAAGAAUAGCCAAAGUUAUGGCGAAUCCAUUUGGCGAUGGAAAAAUGAUGGCUUGGCAUCAUCCACAGUGCUUAGUAGCUGUAUUUUCUAAGCAGAGAGCAUCGACGGCAAAAAUUACUUGUGUGGACGAUAUCGGUGGAUGGGAUGGAUUAUCCAUGGAACAUCAAAACGAAAUAUUUACGACGUUCCCCGAUAUUCCUAAGGAGAAACUUAAAACACACGAUGACGAAGAGCCUGGUAAAAAAGACACACCCAAUAAAAAGAAACCAAAAACAAAACCUGUGCUGUCGCUGCCACAAACCCAAGAUUAUUAUUUUAAGGACUUUCGAAAACUGUGUUUGAGUCUCUCUCAGGAAAACAGUCAUCUUCAAAAAACGUCAAUUUUUAAAGAAUUUAUCCACAAUAUUUUAUCUAAAGAACAUUCAGAUGAUACCCGUGCAGAAAGUAUGUUUUUGUGGUGUAAAAUGUUGUUACCCAAUUCAGAAAAAAGAAUUUACAAUCUACAUUCAAAACAACUUAUUAAAUUAUUUAGUCAAUUGUUUAAACAAAAUGUAAACUUAAUGCUGGAAGAUUUGGAAAAAGGGGAUGUUGCUGAAACAAUAAGAAUAUUUUUUGAAAAAAGUAACGAUACUGAUGUGAAACCAGCAUCAAAAUCAACUUUAACAUUAGCUAAAGUGAACAGUUUUCUUGAUCAAUUAUCAAUGGAAACUACAGAAAUUGCACAAAUGGCACUAUUUAAAUCAAUCGCGAAGUUAUGUACUGGAAAUGAUUUAAAAAUGAUAAUUCGGCUGGUGAUGCAUGAUCUCAGAAUUAAUUGUGGACCAAAAUUUAUUUUAGGGGCACUUCAUGUUGAUGCAUAUGAAGCAUACCAAACAUCACAUGAUUUAAAAUCUGUUGUACAAAAAGCAUGUUCAUGCGAUUCAUCUAAGGUAGCCAGCAAUGGAAAAAUGAACAUUAAAUUAUCUUUGUUAACACCGAUUUUACCAAUGUUGGCUGAACCAUGCAAAAAUUUGGAUGAUUUUUUUAAAAAGUGUCCUAAUGGUGUUUACUCAGAAAUUAAAUAUGACGGUGAGCGUGUUCAACUGCAUAAAUGUGAAAAAGAAUUUAAAUUUUUUUCUAGAAGUCUUAAACCUGUCUUGGGACAUAAAGUUGAUAUAUUUAAACAGUAUAUUCCUAAAGCUUUUCAGCACGGAAAAGAGAUUAUUUUAGAUUGUGAAGUACUAAUGUAUGACCAUAAAACUAAUAAACCAUUACCAUUUGGCACCUUAGGAAUUCAUAAGAAAAGUAAAUUUGAAGAUGCUAAUCCUUGUCUGUUUGUAUUUGACUGCUUGUAUUACAAUGGUGUAUCAUUAUUAGAUAGAUCAAUUGUUGAACGAAAAAAAAUUUUGAUGCAGAAUAUGACUCCAAUCAAGGGACAUAUAAUGUUUUCAGAAGUUAAAGAGUUGCAUAACACUAAAGAGCUUAAGACUAUGGUAGAAUAUGUAUUGAAACAAGGUCUAGAAGGAUUAGUAUUAAAGGACUUAACAGGAAUUUAUGAGCCUGGAAAGCGACAUUGGAAAAAAAUUAAAAAAGACUACUUAUUUGAUGGAUCAAUGGCUGAUAGCGCAGAUCUUGUAGUUCUUGGUGCUUGGUUUGGUACUGGAAAUAAAGGUGGUAUGAUGUCUAUAUUUUUAAUGGGUUGCUAUAAUGAAGCCAAAAAUAAGUGGUGUACGGUAACUAAAGUACAUGGUGGUCAUGAUGAUAAAACACUAGAAAGAUUACAGGAUGAAUUAAAAAUGAUCAAAAUCAGUAAAGAUCCAGAAAAAGUUCCAGAGUGGUUAAAAUGUACUAAAACAAUGAUUCCUGAUUUUGUAGCAGAAGAUCCUAAAAAAAUGCCAGUUUGGGAAAUUUCUGGAGCAGAAUUCUCUCAAGCUGAAGUGCAUACUGCUAAUGGUAUAUCAAUUAGAUUCCCUAGAGUGACUAAAAUUAGAAAUGAUAAAAAUUGGAAAACUGCUACAUCAUUAAGUGAAUUGCAAAAAUUAUAUGAAUUAUCUAAAGAAACUAGCAAUUUAAGUAUUUUUUCGAACCUAAGCCCAGAAAAGAAUACUAGUUCUGAUAAUGAUUUACAAGUAUCACCAGUUAAAAAAAAAAUUAAGAGAACUUUAAAAACAGAUACUACAGAAGUUUCUCCGUUAGAAAUGAAUAAUGAAACUCCUGCCAAAAAAGCUAAACUUUCUGAAAGACAAUUGCGGCGUUUACCUGAUUUAUUUACUGGGAUCCGUGUUGUUGUGCCAGAUUCGAUUUCUAAAAAUACGUUUUUACGAUAUUUUAUUGCCUAUGGAGGUACAUCUUUAAAUACAACAGACAAAUUGUUACCUACACAUGUCAUAGUUCCAAAAAAAGAACACAAUAGAUCAUUUGAAAAACCGACGGCGGUGGAUGAAGAAAAGAAGGGUUCAAGAGCCAUCGCUGUGUGCGCACAGUGGUUUUGGGAUAGCAUACGAAAUGGAAAACUGUUGCCCAUAGAAAAAUAUCAAUAA